AUGCGUACACCAGCGACCAUCGCCGUGAUUGGCGCAGGACCUGGGGGUCUUUCAGCCCUCAAAGAACUUCGUGAGGUUGGAUUCGAUGUAACACUGUUCGAGAGGCGGUCAGAUGUGGGAGGCCUCUGGACUUAUUCCGAUGACCCUUCCGUCACAUCCACGACAGCAUGGACCAAAUCUCAGAUUAGCAAUUUCAUUUCGUCCAUGUCGGAUUUUCCCUUUCCUGACCACUACCCCCCUCACGUCUCAGCAACAGAAUGGUCAGAUUACUACAAGAUGUACGCGAAGCACUUUGAUCUCUACAGAAAUAUUAUCUUCAACGCCGUUGUAGAGCUGAUUGAGCGGGAUACCCAAAAAAGAAGAUGGUUAGUCCAUAUCGCAGGUGAGGGGGCGCCACGGCCCUUCGACAAGGUCGUUCUGGCAAGUGGUUCCGAAACGAAGCCUCAUUAUCCACAUAUUGAGAACUUAAACCUGUUUGAAGGACAGUUUAUGCAUUCUCAAGCCUACAAAGGGCCUGAGAAUCUGAAAGACAAGAAGGUGGUAGUGAUAGGAGUGGGAAACACCGCCUGUGAUAUCGCUGUGGAGUUGACGGAUUAUGCUUCGAAGGUGUAUCUUUCACACAGGAGAGGCGCAAAGGUCAUCCCCCGCAUGAAUGGAGACGGGCCUAUUGACAGUGUCCUGUCAUGGCGAACCUCUCGUCUUGGCCAUUGGCUGGAGCAUCAUUUCCCCAGUCUAUACAGCCUAUCUGGCGAUCUUCUCUUCAAAAAGAACGCCAAAGAACUAGGGGAACAAGACCCGAAAUGGGGCUUCGAGCCGUCGCCGAGUAUUGGGCUCAGCCUCAAUGUCAUCGUAGUUAACGACGACAUCUUCUCUCGACUUCGGGAGGGCCGUAUCGAGUCAGUAAAAGGAGCCACUCGAAUCCUAGGACCGCAUGCUGUCGAAGUUGAUGACGGGAAUGUCAUUGAAGAUGUGGAUGUUAUCAUCGCAGCGACCGGAUAUCGUCCGGAUUUCUCUCUGGUGCCGGAGCUGUCCCACACCCGGGCUUCAGACUCAAAACUGCCGCCACUUCCAGAGCUGUAUCAAAAUAUCUUCGCCGUAGACUUCCCAGACUCGCUCGCUUGCACAAGCUACUGCACUGUAAAUGAUAAUGCGGCGUCAUACCGGGAGCUCCAAUCAAUGGCCAUCGCGCAAGUGUGGACGGGAAACUCGUCGUUGCCGUCCCAGGCCGAAAUGCGCCAGCAUAUCACCACGUACCAGAAGUGGCUGUGGAGGAGGUUUCGAGACUUCCCGGCAACACCUCUUGGGUCUGGCCAACCCCAUUCCUGGAUGAGGUUCGUCCAUGAAAUGGCGGGUACGGGUAUGUAUGAAUACCUGGGUUGGGGAUGGAAAGGAUGGAAGUUCUGGUGGCAGGAUCGGAACUUUUAUAGGCUAGUAGCGUGGGGGGCAUAUUCGCCGCACAUGUACCGCAUGUUCGAGACGGGCAAGAGAAGGAUGUGGCCAGGUGCAAAGGAGGCUAUCAUCAAGGCCAACAGGGAUAGAGAUAGGAUGUUCCCAAAGGCGAAAGAGAAGAGCAAAACGACAUGA